AUAGGGCACUUCAAACGGCGCGUUGUUUUCGAAAGACCAUACUUAUUACCUUAUUGACGUCGACAGAUAAAAUUACGGCCCAUAAUAUGACAUACGUAUAGUUUGCUUGCGCGUUUGGCCAUUUAAUUGGAGCAGAGUGGCUGCUUGCUGAAGUUUGCAGGCGGGCGUGUUUUCGCAAAGAAUCACGUGAAUUGCACACACUCUCGGGUCACAUGACCAGCGGCUGCUGUGGAAGAUGGCUCUGUGUUGGUUUGCACCGGCUGCGUUGCUUCUGAUAUUCUGUACCGGGAUUGUGGGCUUCCCUGUCGGCCAAGGACCCAGCAGUGCCCCGGGAUGUGGGUAUAAGUCAUGUCCAGCCACACAAGCCACCAUGCUGAACGUCCACCUGGUGCCCCACACGCACGAUGACGUUGGCUGGCUGAAGACUGUGGACCAGUACUACUACGGAGGGCGUAAUUUAAUCCAGCACGCGGGCGUGCAGUACAUCCUGGACUCGGUGGUGGAGCAGCUGCAGAAGGACCCUGCUCGGCGCUUCAUCUACGUGGAGACGGCCUUCUUCGUGCGCUGGUGGAACCAGCAGAGCCCCAGCACCCAGGAGACCGUCACCCAGCUCGUCAACGAAGGUCGUCUGGAGUUUGUGAACGGGGGCUGGUGCAUGAGCGAUGAGGCGACCACGCACUACAGCGCCGUCAUCGACCAGAUGACCCUGGGCCUGCGCUUCCUGAACGACACCUUCGGCCCCUGCGGCCGCCCCCGCGUGGCCUGGCACAUCGACCCGUUCGGCCACGCCCGAGAGCACGCCUCCAUGUUCGCCCAGAUGGGCUACGACGGCUUCUUCUUUGGGAGGCUGGACUACCAGGACAAGAAGAGGAGGAUGGAGCAGAAGGACAUGGAGAUGUUGUGGAGGGCCAGCGAGAGCCUUGCACCACCCACCGCUGACCUUUUCACUGGUGUCCUACCCAACGGCUACAACCCCCCGGCUGGGUUCUGCUGGGACCAGUCCUGCUCGGACCCCCCGAUCCAGGACGACCCCAACCUGGAGGACUACAACGUGGACGCCAUCGUCCAGCAGUUCCUCAAGGCGGCCAGUGACCAGGCUGCUCAGUACAGAACCAACCACAUCAUCAUGACCAUGGGGUCGGACUUCCACUACGAGAACGCCAACAUGUGGUACAAGAACCUGGACAAGCUGAUCCGCCAUGUCAACGCCCAGCAGUCCCAGGGCAGUAAGGUGAACGUGCUGUACUCCACUCCAUCCUGUUACCUGCAGGAGCUGCACAGAGCCAACCUCACCUGGUCCGUGAAGACGGAUGACUUCUUCCCCUACGCCGACAAUCCGCAUGACUUCUGGACGGGCUACUUCUCCAGCCGGCCGGCUCUGAAGGUGUACGAGCGGAUCAGCAACAGCCUACUGCAGGUCUGCAACCAGCUGGAAGUGCUCGGUGGGCCCCGGUCCAGGAGAGGUCCCCAUGGCGACGGAGACAGCGAAACGCUUCGGAAGGCCAUGGCCGUAGCUCAGCACCAUGACGCAGUGUCUGGGACGGAGAAGCAGCACGUAGCCAAUGACUACGCCAGGAGACUGGCCACUGGCUCCGCCCACUGCCAGGUCUUGGUCAGUAACGCUCUGUCGCAGCUCAGCGGUUCGGACGCCCCCCGGUCUUACUGUGAGAAGCUCAACGUCAGCGUGUGCCCCCUCACGGAGAGCGGUCGCGAGUUCUCGGUGACGGUGUAUAACCCGCUGUCUCGCCCCGUCGGCUGGACCGUACGCCUACCAGUCAACGGCUCCCGCUACUCUGUGAGCGACCCCAGCGGCAGUGAGGUGGACAGCCAGGUGGUGCCGGUGUCGCAGGCCACCAAGGACAUCCGGAGGGACGGCGGCUACGCGGCGAAUGAGCUGGUGUUCCGGGCGCAGGCGCCCCCCCUGGGCUACCGGACCUACGCCGUCUCCCUGCUCCAAACAUGGCCGCCUCCGGCCCCGCCUCUCCCCGACGCGCCCCCCGUCCUGGAGAACAAGUACCUCAGGGUGACCUUUGACCCCGACACGGGCCUGCUGAGCAGCCUCAGUAACCUGGAGACGAAGCAGACGGUGCAGCUCAAGCAGAACUUCUACUGGUACAACGCCAGUGUGGGAAAUGUAGAAAGCAUACAGACCUCAGGAGCCUAUAUCUUCAGGCCUAACUCUUCUACACCAGUGCCCGUCAGCCUGUCGGCCAAGACCCAGACACUGAACGGUGAGGUGGUACAGGAAGUUUAUCAGCAGUUUGGCCCCUGGGUGUCUCAGGUGCUGCGGUUGUAUGGGGACAGCAGGGAGCUGGAGAUGGAGUGGUCUGUGGGGCCCAUCCCUGUGCAAGAUGGCUUUGGGAAGGAGAUAAUCACUCGUCUGGACACCAGCAUUAACUCCUCUGGCCUCUUCUACACAGACUCCAACGGCCGAGAGGUCCUGGAGAGACGGAGGGAUUUCCGCCCCACCUGGGACCUGAAGCAGACAGAGCUCGCUGGAAACUACUACCCAAUCAACUCCCGCAUCUUCAUCAAGGACGGGGAGCAGCAGCUGACGGUGGUGACUGAUCGCUCUCAGGGUGGGAGCAGCAUCCAGGACGGCUCUCUGGAGAUCAUGCUGCACAGGAGGCUGCUGCGGGAUGAUUUCCGGGGGGUGGGGGAGGCGCUGUCUGAGCCGGGGGAGUACGGCGAGGGGCUGGUGGCUCGAGGGCGCCUCCUGCUGGCGCUGACGCGGCCCGCGGCGGCCGCAGAAACACACCGCCCCCUGGCGGAGUCCCUGGUACUGCAGCCACUGAUCUCCCUGCAGGCCGGACACCUGCACCCCAACACCCUGCUGCAGUUCUCCGGGCUCCAGGCUGCGCUGCCCCCUGCUGUUCACCUGCUGACGGUGUCCCGUUGGGACGAGAACUCUGUCCUGCUGAGGCUGGAGCACCAGUUCCAGGCCAAGGAGAGCCAGACGCUAUCGCAGCCUGUCACUGUGAACCUGCAGAAACUCUUCUCCACUCUGGCAGUAGUGGGCGUGUCAGAAAUGAGCUUGGCAGCCAAUCAGUGGAAGGACGAGAACCGCAUGGACUGGACUGGACGCACAGGCGAGAAACCCCUGCAGAAAGGACAGGGAGACCCCUCCGCCUGGGAGGUGACCCUGAAGCCCAUGGAGAUCCGCACCUUCCUGCUCCGCAUCGGGAGUUAGCCAAUCACACGCCAGCACACAUACACAGCAGCCAAUUACUGAUCAGCAGCACACAUCAGCCAGCCUCUGCAAACCAAUCGCCGUUCUCAUGUCUUCACCCGGUCUCGGGAUCGGACGAGCAGCCUUCCCAGACCCUUAACAUUUCACACGUUUGUGUUGUAUUCUGUGAAGAUUAUACAAUCCAGAUCUGUGUUGUGCCUUCUGAAUAUGCCCAUUCAGCAAAAAAAAAAUAAAAAUAAAGGAAAUUCAGGAAACAUUUCAAGCCUUCCAGCAAUGGUGACCACUGAGCUCCGAAUGACUCUUGAACCAGAAACCAAAAAAAAGCUAUUUUUUAUGCACUUUUAUUGUCGACAGUAUUUAAUCCCACCACUGUCAUCACUCUGGGCGAGAGAGAGUGUGUCUCGCUGUGAGAUCUGACGAGCGAGGCGUCGGGCUCUUUAGCGGCCGUGCUCAGACCCUGGAGGCCGCAGCGGAAGCUCCUUGUGUUGGUGUCGCCGGGAUACCGUUCCCCCCCGGAGCCGUCCCGGGGUUCUCCCGCCCACAGCCGCCCCCGUGGGGCGCUCAGAGCUGGAGGUCUCUGGGGUUUUGGUGUUUUGGUUUUUAAAGAUCCCCCUCCUCCCUCCCCCGUGGCACACACACCUGAGAGUAUGGCCUGCUAUAAUUAUCCUCACUCUCCCCCCCCCCCCCCCCCCCUCUGCUGGGC